AUGGAGCCGCAAUUUGGUACUGGAAGUGGAAACAAGGAAUUCUCAUUAUUGGUCAAUAUCAAUAUAAUAUCAUAUGGUAAAAUAAUUGGAUUUCAUGGAACAUGCAGUGAUUAUCUACACUCCAUUGGAGUGUAUUUGAAGCCAAUUCCUAUGUCAUAUCAACUUGAAACUUGUAAACCAUGUGGAGGACAAGAUGGAAAUGUAUGGGAUGAUGGAUUUCACACAACAAUAAGGCAAUUGAUAGUAGGGGUUGGAUCUAUAGUUGAUUCAUUACAAGUUGAGUAUGAUAAGCAUGGGCGCUCGAUGUGGUGUGAAAGGCGUGGUUAUAGCAUUGGAGGCAAUAAAUACAUGGUCAAACUUGACUAUCCUCGAGAAUAUCUGGUUUCAAUCUCAGGACAUUAUGGUUCAAAUGAUGAUUCUUCUUAUAUUUGCUCGCUUACAUUCAAAAGCAAUCGAAAUACAUAUGGACCUUUUGGUAGUACAACAGGAAUUCCUUUCUCAACACCAUCUUCCUAUGGCAAGAUUAUUGGACUCCAUGGAACAGCUUACCACUGCCUCCAUUCAAUAGGGGUACAUGUAAAACCAAUAUUGCCAAUUAUUCUUGGCCCGUAUGGGGGCCAUUAUGGAGAUCCAUGGGAGGAUAAAUCUUACAGCACGCUGAGACAGAUACAACUAACAGUUUGUGAAUUUGGAAUUGAGUCUAUUCGUUUUCAGUUCCAGUAA